ACAGAGAUUUCGGUGGUGUGCACAGGCAUUGACGUGCAGGUGGGUGACCCGAUUACUCUUGGCCCUGCUUUGCCCGGCUAUGAGUGUCACAUUUUAGACCCCAACACCCUUGCCAUGAAGGAGCUUGGGGAGGUUGGCAUCCUUUUCGUGGGUGGUGUGGGCUUGGCUCGUGGCUAUCUCGGUGAAGAAGGGAAGACCAAUGAGAAGUUCAUUGAACUUCCUGGACUUGGCCGGCUUUUCAACACUGGAGAUCUCGCCUUCAAAGACCAAGAGAACCGCCUACAUUAUCGUGGCCGCGUGGAUUCCCAGGUGAAAGUGCGUGGCCUUCGGAUCGAAUUGGAGGCCUUGGAGUCCGCCAUCAUGGACCUGGGCACCGUGAAGCAUUGUGAAGCGCGGGUGUUGGAAGGCCGCCUCGUGCUCUUGGCUUCCUUGGCUUCUGGCUCCUUGUGCAGUGAGGAGCUGAAAGCCAAGGCCAUGUCCUUGGGCCGUGGCUAUGUCCUUAGCCAAGUGAAGGUAGUGGAUGACACUGCUUGGAAGUUCAGUAGCGGUGGCAAGCUCGUGCGCAAUGUGGUUCCAUGGGGUGACUUGGAGAAGACCGCUGGGGAUGCUUUUGACCGCGUGGGCGCAAGUGCUCUUGAACUGGAGAUUGCAGCGUGCGUCGCGCGCGUCGUGGGUCCCCUGGAGUCUUGGGACCGAAACUCUCAUUUUGUGGAUGACCUCGGAAUCGACUCUGCCGGCAUGGGCCAACUCUUGGGACAGAUACGAGGCACCAAGCACCGGCAAAAAGCGGACUUGCGUGCGCUGUUCGAGCAUCCCACAGUCAGCGCACUGGCCUUAUUCUUGUCCGACCCGGAGUCCGACUCCGAGGAGGAGAACUUGGAUAGUGAGCAUGGAGGCAAGAACUUAGUCGGUACCAUUUGGAAAAGUAUGCAGGCCAAUCCACACAACAUUUGCUGCGAAUUGCCAUGCUCCUGUCUCAGCUAUAUGCAACUCUUUCGCUUGGCCACAGCUUUUCAGCGACAGCUGCGCAGGGACAGCACCACCACAGGUUGCAGAGGGCCAGUGGCCAUUUGCUUGGACAUGAUGACGGAGCGAAUGGCUGCCAUGCUAGCAGUGCUCAUGGAGGGGCGUGCCUUUUGCGUCCUUGAUGAAGGUCAUGGCUUUGCUGACCAGUUGCAAGUCUUCAAUGUCCAAUGCAUAUUGGCAAGCUCUAAGGAUGCUGUUUGGGCAUGGCUACAGGAAAUUUGCCAGGAUACUCAGGAGAUAUGCUGCAUCGAUGUGAGCAGUGCCUCCUUGCCUUUGCAAGUUAGCAUGAAGAUGCAGGCAGUAGAUCUAGAUGAUGCUUGCUUUCACUAUGUGCAUGAAGAUCUGAAAGAAGAUGAAGCAAGUGUUUCUGGAGCCUGUGGCCAGAAGCUGACAGCUCUGACAGCUUCGCAUCGUGCUCUUUUGGAGGUGUUGGAUGCCUGGCCUGAGCUCCAGAGAACGCAAGUGAAGCUGCCUGCUGCGAUCGCAUGUCUUGCACUGUUGAAGAUCCUUUUGAGUGGGGGAGUUUUGGUGAACAGAGUCGACCGCAUGGCAGAGCCAUUGGUUUGUCACGAGUCAGCAGACAACGGACGGGCUCUCACGUCAUUGCCUGUGCUGUUUGGUCAGAAAGCAUGCCUUCUAGUGACACCUCAGGAAGUCAGCGCAGUAAGGGACUCGCUAUUUCGAACCACUCGCGACAUGAUGACUGCAUUGCUGUUUCCAGGCCUGCUCGGC